AGCGGAUUUUUCUAUUAUUGCUCAAAAAUAUGUAUAUUGAACUAUCUAGAAGGAAGAAUAGAAAUACUGGAAGGUUAACUUACUGGGAGAGAAAGCCGUCGAUUGAUAUUUCGUUGGAGGUAAAAUUCUCGAGUGAAGAAAAAGAUGUGGAAAUUCUGUCGGGCGCUUGUCAAACUCCUGGUUGGCCUGAUAUUCAUCAGUUUGACGAAUAUCCUAGUUUACGAUUCUGUCUACGUAAUAAUGUGCAUCCUUGCAGUACUAGGACUCGCCAAUUUCAUGACCAGAAUUCAGAUUUAGCGAAAUUGUGGUACCUUGAUGUACACCCAGAUAGCACCACCCAUCAACCGAAAUUACGUCACAAUCUUGCCAGUAUGGCAGUAUCAUGUCGUGCAGUCUCUCAUUCAGGUAUGACAGCCUCUCAUCUACCCUUUAACGAAAAAUUAAACCACUCAUUGUUGACUCGUAAAACAACUCGUGACGUCGUGACAAAAAAAUGCGAAUUCGGCAUUCAGUGAAGUUCGUGAAUUUUCAAGUGACUCGU